UGUACGCGCGAGUAUGUGUGUGUGUAUGGAUUCUUUGUCAGCUGCAGAUGUUAAUAAUAAUAAUAAUAUGAUAAAAAAAAAUCGUAACGCAAAGUAUAAUCAACUAAUAUAACACGAUGCUUUUCUAGUUAUUCAUAUACGCGUAUACAGACGAGUCUUUUCUUUAUUUCUGCACGUGUAAUAUUAUUAUGUUUUUGGAUUAUGAUGUACCUAUACGGUAGGUAACCUAUCAGAACAAUAGCUAGGUAGGUUGGGUUUAUUACAACACGAUAUUUUGUUCAAUAAUUGCAGUGACGAUACGUCGCUUAUCGGAAUUAUUACCGUAUUGUAAUACGAUAUCGAUGUACACGAUAAUAAUAUUAUUAUUACACUGUUAUUUCUGUUUAGGUAUUAGUUUUGAUGUACGACUCGAUUCUCUGAACUCACAUCGUCCGUACUCUACGCGGAAAACCUUCAGAACGAAAAACCGCAAAAACGACAAGAAAACAUCGUCGUUAUAAAUAAGGUAAGGCUUAGUCAGAUUUUUUUUUUAAAUUGUUUAUCUAUUCAUAUAAAUUUCGUAUAAAUACCGAAAACGGGACGAAUAAAAUGUAAUACUUUCGAGAAAAACAACAACAACAAUAAUAAUUUUUAUCACUAUCGUAGGACUGACGUUUAGUCGUGAUAGAACCGUGGUUUAUGCAGAUUUUUCGGUACCUACCUAACAAAUAUGUAAUCACCAAAACAUUCUAAACGCGUUGCGUAAUGAAUGAUAACAAAUAGCGACGAACGCAACGAGCCAGUUGAAUACCAUAAUUCCAAACUAUAAAACGUUUAAUUUUAUUUGAAAAAAUAAAUAUUCCCAAAAUGUUCGACAUAAAUUUGAAAUUAUCCAGCAAACGUUCGACGUCUAUAGUUCUAAUGUCUGCAAACAUUAGAAUUUAGAAUAACGAAUAAUAAUUAUUAUUCGACUUUAUUAUAAAUUAUCAUUUGAAAUAUUCAAAAAUAUAAUUCUACUGUUUGUUAUUCAUUAAUGCGUAAAAACGAUAAUAUUAACUUACUUCUUGGUAGGUGGUUGUAACGAUUGUCUAAACUAUUCUAUAGUGAAAAUUACUAAAACAAAUUACGAAUAUUUUAAAUAAUAAUUAUUGCCUUCGUAAUUAAGUUGAAAUACCCACUCUAAGCCAAGUAGGCCAUUCUUGAACAUUUGAAAAAUGCUUAUAAAUACCUACCUACCUAAAAUUUCGUGACACGUAUUUUACUUCGGUCCAAAAGUGUGUCUAUUGCGUGAUGCGGUUAUCUGCGUCGAGUGUUCAGAUUUUAUGUAAAUAUUUAAAAUAUUUCUGUAGAAUCUGAUAAAAAUUACUGAACGAAUUAAAUUAAUUUCAACAUGCACGAGGAAUUUAAAUCGAGUUACGAGAAGUACCUUAUGUGCGUAAUUUGUUCUUUUUUCAUUUUCGAAAAUAUUGUUGUCAUACCUAUAUUUGGAAAUUGGUAUUUAUUGAAAACAUUUAAUAAUGACGAGCCAUUUUUUCUUUUUAAAUAUUACAGAUAAAACGAUACAUUAAUUUGUAUUUCUAAACGACGUAUUUAACGUUAUAUCCGAAAUAGUAAUUAUAAUAAUAGGAAAAACGUAUCGUCUUGCCCUUCGGAAUAUUGUCCUCUUUUGAUUUUAUAAUAGAUGCUUUUACUCUAAAACCAAAAUUAAGCGAGUUCUACGAAGACUGCGUGAAGUAGACUUUGCCUUAUUGUCCGUUAGUUGGAGACAGUGAGACAGCACAUGCGGGUAUAGCGUCCUCUUAUAUUAUUUUAUUAUAGUUUCAUGUUGAUCGUCAAAUUAGUACCAAUGUUAGAAAACCAUAGCUAUACAAUAUUUUCAAAACUCCAAUAAUCCAGUAUUAUCAACUAUAUCUAACAAUAACUAUCUGUUUGAAAUUAAAUUAUUAUCUUUCAUUUUAUUUUCACUAUAAAUUACAAUAGUAUUAUAGUAACGAUGCUUGAAUACGUUUUAAUUAGUUUCAAACAAAAUGUUCAACGUUUUGAAUUCUUAAUUUUUUUUUUUUUUCUAUUUACCCUGGUUACGCAAACUUAUUAUUUUAUCAGUCUUCAGAAAAUGAAUUGAAGAGGAAAAAAUAUCGAAUUUAAUUAUCGUAUGAAAACAAAACGUUAAUCUAACCAAUACGAGACGAGUAAAAAUUGAACUAUAGCCUAUAUAGGUAGUCGAAGCGUUUAAUGAAAUAUCGAUUAGCAAAAAAAAAAAAACUUAAAAUAAUGGGUUCGUUAAAAUCGGCUAUUUUGUAUAUACGCACAACAAAACGCAUAAUGUGAGAUUGUGACAUUAACUCAAAAAUAAUGUCUUUUAACAUAUAUAUUAUAUAUUAUAAACUAACUGUCCCGCACCCGGUAUUGCCCGUGCCAAUUUGUAUUAUUAUUAUUUUACCCAUAUUAUUGGUUUUAGCCGUGUCAGAAUUGAAUGAACACAAAUAGAUGGAAAGUGCAUAGUCCACCUAAAUGUAAAAUUUUAAUAGUGCAUAUAAUAGUAAUAAUAAUUGUAAUAGUUUUCUUUUCUGUAACACCAAUGUAACCAUUGAAAAAACAAAAAUUAAUAAAUAAACAAUUAAAUAUUCGUACCAAAUAUACCUAAAGACCCCAAUUUUACCUCCUUAGGGGUUGAAUUUUCAAAAAUCCUUUCUUAUCGCACGGUGAAAGUAUUAGAGGAACCAUUAUUCCAAAUUUCAAGUGUAUACGUUAUGUAGUUUUUGAGAUACAGCGAUCAGUUAGUCAAUGGUUUUUGGAUUUUACAUAUAUAGAUUAGUGUUUUAACUUUAAAAUCACUUGAAAGGUACUUAUUUCUGGUUUUUGCGUGAACAUGUUUUUGAAUAAAUGUCAUGGUUACACAAGAUUACGUGUGAUAAUAUGAUACGAGACAUCUCGUAUACAUUUAUUUGAAUAAUUCGAUAAAUUUUCAUUUUGUUACUAACAUUUCGUGAUAAUUGUCUGUAUGCGACUCCCUUAAAUUUUGAUGUGCGUGUGACGUGCUACUUCCCGGAUUUAAGGAAUUGCGUAUAGGCAAUUUUUUCGACUCUUAAUCAACUCUAAAAUGUUCAAAUAUAUUGCAUAUGUGUAGUCCCGUGUAAUUUUCGAAAGAAUAUCUUGAUUAAUUGUAAAAUUAUCAAAAAUAUUUACGAAAAACUGCAUUUCGCGCGGAUAAAAACUACUCGGGUAAUGGACUUGGUUAAUAAACCGAAUUUUCGCCAAAAGACAAAAAGAACUCGCAUUACGCAACGUUUGAUAUAGUUUUUUGACAUCAGUAUUAUGAAUAUAGUCAUUUGAAUUUAAAAAACUACGAAACUAUCGGAUUUUAGAACAAUAAUUUUUUUUUUUCUAUUAUUAUUAAUCAUGAUACAUUGAACAAAAACCAAAAUCGACACAGUGUGGCGCAAGUUCUCCUUCUUGUCACGCUGAUAAUUUGAUUUAUUAAUAAUAAGUCGACAAAUUUAGCCCGGUAAUUAUUUUUAAUUAAUUAGUUAAAAUAAUUUUUUAUACAGCCGGAUUUCGAGAUCGAAAGCAUAGUCCGCUAUAGGAUUUUUACGGAGAUUUCCUACGCGAGAGUCUGGACAAAGGUUUUUAGUAAUAACAUAUCCGAGUACGUUACAUAACCCGGAGUAACAAUAAUAAUAAUAAUAAAAAUAAUAAUGACAAUAACGAAUAUUAUUGUUAAUGUUUAGCGUUCUCCUGUCAUGCGCCGUGGUGUCGAGUUGCUAUAAACGAAAACAACGGCGACGGCUACGACACCGGCAUAAUAAUUUCGUAAUACACGAUACGGCAGCGGCGUUAUGAAUUCGAUAGAAAAUAGCGAAGACGCAGAUGGCGAGGGCGUUGCCCCGACAACGGUGGUCGUCCCGGCUACGGAAAACGUCAAUAAUCGCGAGUGCGCUGUUGGAUGCGAGCCGCAACGCCAGGAGGGUGAGCAAACAUGGCCACCGACCGCUUCAUCUGUGACCCGGGAACAGUCGAAUACGACCACGUGCGAAUAUAGACAUUUCAUUAUUAUCUCGUGUACAUGGUUGCCAUGGCGUCUCAAAGCCCGAAAUGAAAGCCAGGAAAUUCAAAAAAAAUCGGGAGGCACCCGGAAUGGCUGGAGAAUUUUAAUUGCAAACAUGAAUCUUUAUUUACUUAAAUAUUAAUCAGCGCUCGAAUUGGGAGGGGCGCAAUAACUCAAUUAAAUAUUCAGGAAUUUUAGCGUACCUCUACUAUUUAUUUGAAGUGCAAUGCACCAAACAAAUUGGCAAAUAUAAGGGAGAGUGGGCUACAAAGCGAUGGCCUCCACUUAGGUCAAACUUUUUACGUAUUUCGUAUACUCUACAAUUUAUUUAUAUAAUAUAUACUUUUUUUAAUGAAAUCCACCUGCUCUUGAAAAUCCCCUGUUGGGACAGUACAUACUCGUAUUUUGUAUUUUCAUUAAAAUUUAAACUUUAAGCGCUUGUAAAAAAAUUACUGAAUUACAUAGAACUUUUUUUUCUUAUUAAUUGUAAUUCAUAAUAAUUGUGUUAAAUUUUCACUGGCCAAAACAAAUUUAAUCACAUAAAACAAAAUAAAAUCCUAAAAAAACUGGAUAAUUUAAAAUGGCUACUAAUAACUGAAAAAUUGCCAGAAUGUUUUCAAAAUAUUGAUAUAUAUAUAUAUAUAUAUAAUAUAAUAUAUUUAUUAAAUAAUGUUAAUAAUUAUUAACAGUAUUAUCAGUAUUAGGUAUUUAGUGAAUAGCAAGUUACUACAAUUAUUUCUCACUGAAUAAACAAAAUAGAAUAUAACAGAAACCAUUACUGUGUAAAUGUAACAGUUAAAAGUAUCCUGAUGCUUAUAAUCAAAUGAUUAAGAAUACUAAAAAUAAAAUUACAAAUCAUCUUGUCAUUGUAGUAACGAGUCAGACAUUUUUACUAGAAAGUUGUUCACACAGAGAAAAAAUAAUAAUUCAUAUCAUAGUAGAAUAAUAAUCAUAUAGUAUCUAAAAUAAAUAUUAUCUAUUAUAGUAGCAAAAAGUUUAACUGCAGUAAUGUUAUUAGUUAGUUAAUUAUUAGGAAAAUUAAAAAUGGAAUUCCAUGACAACCAUGGUAUAGUAGGUACAUAAUUAAUUAAUUAAUCAUGCGCUGACUAUUCACAUCAAUGUGAUUUUUCAGUUACAGCAGCGCCCUGUUGCACCUAAUGAAGAGCAGUCUUGGUACCGGUAUACUGGCCAUGCCGAAUGCUUUCAAAAAUGGCGGCCUUAUUUUUGGUUUGUUUGGCACGGCGGCCAUCGGGUUUCUGGCAACUCACUGCAUAUACCUUCUGGUGAGUAGGUUUAAUAUAUUCUUUCUCUUCUCUGUGCAAAUCAUCUUCCAGACUUUGUCACCAGUAGUUCAAUGAACAUUUAUAGGUAAUGAUGUAUAAAUAUAUUUGAGUAUCCACCACACCUUCUUUACAAAAUAAGCUCCCCUUGUAGUUUUUCCCUGGAUAAAUAACAUUAAAUAGGAUGGUGAUAAAGGAGAGAGGGCAAUGGGAGCAUUUACCUCGUUGCGCCAAUAUUUUUUAAAACUAUGGAGUACCGGACUCUUUAUAAAACUCGAAAUAAAAUUAAGAAUAUCACUCUUAUUAUGUCACUUGUAUGUUUUAUUUUAAACGUUUUGUUUAGAGUAAUAAUAAAUAUUGUUUAGUAAUUGAAGAGCACAAGUAUACCCUAAUAACAUAAUAUGUGUCCCUAGACAAAAAUUCAGGAAUUACUUAAAAUACUUUAAUUACUUUUACAAAAUUAAAAAAAACAAUAGGGGGAUUAACCUCAUAAGACCUAAAUAAUUCUUAGGUAAUACUUUAAAAAGGGACAUUUAAUAAUGUAUGCCCUUACGUCCCUAAUGACUUAGCACGGCUCUGUUCUUAAGUUAAUUAAUAACAAAAACAAAUAGGUAGGUGAGUAAUAUGGGUAUACCUAUAUGAGUAAUAAUUAUAAUUAAUAAAUACAUGAUCUUAAUUUGCAUAUGUUUUAGCCUCGUUCUUCACUUUUUUUUAUGUUCUUCGCUAGGUGUUUAAUAGUUUAACAAAAUUCACUUAGUAUAAAGGCCUGUGAAAUAGUAAAAUACAGUGGAACCUCGAUAACUCGAAUCGGAUGGGGGCGAAAAAAAAAUUUGAGUUAUUGAAAUUAUUUUUUUUAUUUAAAAACACAGACUUCAAUUUUUUAAUUAUUUAUUUAUGUAUGUAUUUACUAAUAAAUGUAUAAUGUAUGUACUAUGUAGGUAUGUAUAUUGUAUAAAAAAUUUAAAAAAAGUAUGUAUAAUGUAAUGAAUAAAGUAGACUAAAGUAGAAAAAAAGAACUAUUUUUUAAAGAAAUCAGAUAUUUUUGAUUGUUUCUUAAUGUUUGACCUAUCUGUAAAGUUUUCAAUAACGUUUAGCGCGGAAAAAAUCUCGUCUCCAAUUUCUUGUUGUUCUUGAAUGUACUUACAUACAACCUGUAAACUAUCUAAUGCCUGGGCAAGAGUAGUUUUAGGUAAAGCCUAUUCGCGAUCGUCUUCAAUAACUGACUCCUCCCCACUUGACUCGUUAGGCAUUUCUUGGAAUUUCAAAUCGUUCAGUAUUUCAUUAUCAGUAGGAUAGUAUGUUGUUAUAACACUAGAGUCCACCCCAACAAAAUGUUGGAAUUCAACUGUAUUAGUCUCAGGAAAAANCCAUCAUAUAAAAAACUAGUAUAUUGGCGAACAGAAGGGUCAAGGAGAAUUUGCCAAUAACCAGACGUAAAAUCAAGCUGCUGGUAUCGAUCCCACUCAAUUGGGGUUUCUUCUUCGACUGGUUCGACUUCUUCGAUUUCUAAAAGACAAAAGUAAUACAUAAUUACAAAUCAUAGAAACAUAUAAAUAAAAUAAACAACUUAUUUAUACCGUUUGUAAAGCCAGCUUUGUGGAAACAAUUUACAAUCGUAGACUGUGUGACUGCUCCCCAGGAUUUAUGCAGUAAUUCAAUUGAUUCUAAAAGAUUUAUGUCAUCUAUCUCAAGUCCGGAAUCCAUUUUUCGCAAAUUUCUUUGCAUUAUACUUCUUCGAUAAUGAUGCUUUAUGUUUUUUAUGAUUCCUUGAUCCAUUGGCUGUAACUUAGAUGUCAUGUUUGGUGGCAGAAAUACUACCCGUAUUGCUUUUAGUUCAUGCAAAAGUGUUUUUGGAUGUGCAGGGCAAUUAUCGACAAAGAGAAGCACUAUUAUUUUAUCGUUGAAAAAUCUUUUAUCUAAGUCGAAUAUCCAAGAUUCAUAAAUGGUGGAUAACAUCCAAGCUUUUUUGUUAUACGCGUAUGUGACCGGUAACGAUUGCACGUUCAUUUUCUUGAAGCACCUUGGUUGUUUUGACUUUCCAAUCACGAGUAGUUUUAAUUUUUCUGUUCCAGUCAUAUUAGCACCUACCAUGACUGUUACACGUUCUUUACUCUUUUUUCCUCCGUGACAAGUAUCUCCUUUGAAUGUCAAAGUUCUGUCAGGUGUACACUUGAAAAAGAGACCGAAUUCAUCUGCGUUGAAAAUGUCUUUAGAGUCGUAUUCUUUUAACAAACUUAGUAUGUUUGUUCGGUAAUGUUCACAGUCAACUUCAGACACCGCGGCACUCUCACCUGAUAUGAUUUUUUCUACUAUUCCGUUCCUCAAUUUAAAUUUUUCCAGCCAACCCGAACUAGCUUGAAAUGUGAGGCCUACAUUUUUUGCGAACUCUGCUGCUUUUUCUUGAAUUAACGGUCUUGAAUAAACUGAACAUUUGCUGUGUCAGCAUUAUAUAAAAUAUCGACGUAUACAUUUCGUAUUUCAAUCGACGUAUAAUUUUACCAGUAAUAAAUACUAAUACUAAUAAAGUAGAUAAACGUAACUUAUCGGAGAUAUAGAUUAGGUAUAGACAUACAUAUUACAUAAUACNCCAACCCGAACUAGCUUGAAAUGUGAGGCCUACAUUUUUUACGAACUCUGCUGCUUUUUCUUGAAUUAACGGUCCUGAAAUGGGUAAAUUAUAAUCUCUUACUCGCUUUAUCCAUUCCGUCAUAGUAUGCUCAAUUUCUGGGAAACUUGAUGCUUUAAAUCUUUUCCGGUGUGGUAAGCAGGGGGCUUCUUCAACUGCUUUGAGAAUUUUAUCUUUUUCCUUCAAUAUGGUCGAUAAGGUACUAGCAGGAAUACCGAAUUCAUUUGCGAUAUCUUUUUUGCGUUUCACUCCUUUUUUUACUUCUUUAAUAAUUUUUAUUUUAUCACCGACAGUUAGAGACUUUAAACUACGUUUUUCCAUCUUGACUUGACAAAAUCACAAAAUAAACUGAACAUUUGCUGUGUCAGCAUUAUAUAAAAUAUCGACGUAUACAUUUCGUAUUUUAAUCGACGUAUAAUUUUACCAGUAAUAAAUACUAAUAAAGUAGAUAAACGUAACUUAUCGGAGAUAUAGAUUAGGUAUAGACAUACAUAUUACAUAAUACAAUAUCGUUGAAUUUAUAACUGUUCCUUUUAAGUAGUAUAGGUAAUGAUAAGAUUGAUAAUAGUAAUCGGUUUUCGAUUACGAUUUUCGUUAUUUAUAAUAAUAUACAUAUGUACUUGGUUAUUUGACCUUCGAGUUAUCAAGAUAGGUAAUUGUACAAAUUAUAUUUUAUUAUAUAAAUUCGAGUUAUAAGCUAAAAUUCAACUAAAAUUACUUCGACUUAUCGAGAAAUUCGAGUUAGCGAAAUUCGAAUUAUCGAGAAAAUUUAUCACACAUAUCAUAUAUUGGAAGCCAGAAGCCAAGGUAUUCCUUCGAGUUAUCGAAAAUUCGACUUAUAAAGGUUCGGAGUUAUCGAGGUUCCACUGUAUAUUUAUUUUUUGUAUGUAUCACCUAUUCGAAUAUAAAUUAUGAUUUAUCUUUCAUAAAGCCAUUAUAAUUUAUUUAUUUAUUGAUAAUUAAAAAUUAAUAGCAAACAUUAAAUCAUUCCAACAUCACCAUUCACCAGUCACCACUAAAUAAGACCUACCUAAUAAAUAUUUUGAUUUGUUUCCAUAAUUUUUAAUAAUUCAAUUUAAUUUAUUUUAUUUAAUAAUUUUUAACCCAUAGUUUUUUAAAAAAUACAUAGACGUUGUUUUUACUUGACACCAAUUAACUAUUUAAUAUAAGAGAUUCUAAUUUAAUUAUUUCCAGGUAAUGUGCUCGCAAACUCUUGCCCGUCGCACCAGACGACCGAGACUUGGAUACGCUGACACAGCUGCCGCAGCCUUUAGCAUUGGCCCACGCCCAUUUCGGGCCUGGGGCCCAUUUGUCAGGUAGACUGAAAGUUUUGUAAUAUUUUAAUUGACACUAUAUCAUUAGCAUUAAUAUAAAAAUGUGGUGAUAUUUUUUCGUUAGACUCUCCACAUAUCUUUACAUUUGUUAAGGUAUUAUUAUAUUAAUAAUUAUUUCCAAUUUAUUCUUUAAUAGGAAUUAGGUAAUAUUAUUAUUAUUAUUUUUUUUUUAUGAACAAUAAUAUUCUAUAUUAGUGUACAUUUUUUUUUAUUAAAAAAUAUAUUAUCGAAGCUGAUUAAGUACCUAAUAACUAUAUAUAUUAUAUACAUAAUAUAGUAUAUAUACAUAUUAUUAUAAAAUAGGUGUACUUAUAUUAAUAUAGAUUAGAUGUGAUAAUUAAAUAUCUUCCCCUAUACAAUCAUAAAUAAUAUAUUAUAUUUUGUAUGAAUUUUGGAAAAUAAUAAAUUGUCUGUAUAAUUAAUAAAUUAUAUUAAAAUUGUAUGUAUUUACCUAUUUAAAAGUUGUUUAUUUACGACUAUGGGUAUGAAUAGCUGUAACUAUAUACCUACUAGUUCUUCUAACACUGUUCCACUUCUAUUAUAAUUAUUUUAUGGAAUGCAUACAACAAAUAAAUAUAGUUUAUUGAAUUACCUAUUUAUUGUGUCAUUUUUUAUAAUGACACAGUUAUACAAACUUCAAUGUUUUUCACAUUUAAAACACCAUUUCAUCACAUUAUUAUGUAUAAUUAUUAACUAUAAAAUGUUUUUUUUUUCGGUAUGUCUUUCAACAAUACGUCAACAUUAUCCAAUUGCUGAAUAACAAAUCAUCAUAUUUAUACAACUAAGAGAGUUUAUAAAUGCGGGCAUGUUUUGUACAUACUAUUUCGGUGGCUCGGUGUACAUAGUACUCAUUGCGUCAACAUUUAAAGAAGUAAUUAUAUUGAAAUCAACCACAGAUAUUAUAUACAAUUCUUUAUUAUCAUUUUAUCCAUAGGUCCAGUGGUUAAAAUAAGUAGAGGUAGAGUUCUCGUUAUUUGAAUGCAAUCAACCAUCUCCUUUAAUGUAACUCUUCGAAGCCCAGAGGUUUUUUUUUCUAUUUUAAUAUUUAUUUCAGUAUAUAAUAUAAUAAUAUAAAGAAUUAUAAUGUAAAGAGAGACAAUAUUUUUCCUUUGACCUUUAAUUGUUUAUGUUUGGCUCAAUGUUAUGGAGGGAAUACCUAAAGUCAGAUUCGAUAUCUAAGAAAUUUUUGUAUUUUUUUUUAUAGUCGCAAAGCUGUAAAAUGAAAAUUUAUAUAAAAAAAGUCCAUGAAAAUUGUAAAAUCCUUUUUACAGCUACCUUUGAAAUCUCAGGAUAAACUAUCAUGGAUAGGUUCUGUUUUUUAUCAAAAACUCUUGCAAAGAACUGCAGCCAUUAAAAAUAGUUAUUUGCUUAAAUCAUUCUUCAUUUCAAUUAGCUGUUUAGCCUCAUAAAGCGUAGCCCGCAUUUAUCAAUAGGGGUCUACAACAUUCUUAAUUUUACCUAUAGCUAAAAAAUUAACAAUGGAAGGGUUACAACACCUAAAACUCCCCACGACUAUGCCACUGUUAUAAAACUAUAUAUAAAAUAAUUAAAAACAUUUUAACUCUGUGAUGACUCAACCAUAUUAUUACAGGUGGCUGAAACGCAUACACCACCUGAAUGGCAUUUUACAUUACGCGUUUGGGUGCUGGCUCUCAUAGUACCACUGGUGCCACUUGGCAUCAUUCGCACUUUCCGUCUAUUGGUCCCAUUCUCAGCUAUGGCCAUGACUUUUAUAAUCAUCGGUUUGGGUUGCACCAUAAUGUGGGUGCUGAUCGGCGUUAGUCCAUUCACUGGCAAAGCGCCUGUUCCACUGCCGGAUAUCCAGUCCCGUCCAUGGAUGGCUCCUGUCACGCACCUGCCGCUAUUCUUCGCCACGGUUCUCUUCGCUAUGGAAGGCAUCGGUACUGUGAGUAUAUCAGGUGUAUAGAUUUUUACCUUUCAAUGAUUUUAGAUUCUGUGUGGUGGAAUAAAAAUUACAAAUAUUACCAGAGAUCUUGCUCUGAUUUUAAACAUAGUACCUUUUCUGAAAGUAAAUCGAUGUGAGGAGAUACUUUAAGGUAGUCAUUUUUUGAUUUUUCUAACAAAUGUGAAAGACCGAUAAAAAACGGGAAAAUAUACGAAAUACCUAUGUAUUGGUAAAAAAAAAUGAUCACCUUCUUUUUUCCUAUGAACAACUUUUCUACCAGAAAUUUUGUUCUAAUUUAUAAUGAUAGCACUUUUUCUAAAAAGAAAGCUGACUAGAAAGGUACUUUAGAGAGGCCAUUUUAUGAUUUUCUCAACAAAUGUGAACAACCUGGAAAAUACCUGGGAAAAUCAGGAAAAACAUAGUAAAACCAGGAAAAUUGGUACAUUAAACAAGUGUAAGAGAAAAUAUAUAAUAACUAUUUAAUUAUUUUACCAUAAUAUGACAUAUAAUAUAUUUUUGACAAAGCAUCACUAUCAACCGAACUUCGCUCAGAAUUGUUUUUUCGUUAGCAAUGGUUUAUCGUUGCUUACAAGUAUACAUUAAAUUACCUAUAACAGUGGCUGCACCCUUCUUAUUAUCCUAGGAUUUUUAUUUUUUAUUUUUAUGUGGACAUUUUUUUUAUAGGUAAUGUAUACCGGGAUAUCAUUUUUUGAUUUUCUCCAUUGUUUUAAUAAUAAAAGGAAAAACGUAGGAAAAUAGAUUCAAUGUUAAACAAACAUUACUAAAGAAAAUAUAUAACUUAGUGGAUAUAUAUCCAUUAGGUACGUUAAUAUUAAUUUUGAAUAUUCUGUAUAUUUUAUAUAGGUCCUUCCGAUCGAGAACUCGAUGAGUCAGCCACAAAAGUUCCUUACGGCCCGGCCCUGUGGAGUGUUAAACUUCGCCAUGACGCUUAUCAUAUCCAUGUACUCUAUUAUCGGCUUUCUAGGAUAUUUGCGUUUCGGCAACUCCACCGCUGGUUCAAUCACAUUGAACCUUCCUAAUGACCUGUACUUAUAUAACAAUAAUAAUAAUAUUAGUCAGAGACGUGUAAUUAAACUCGUAUAUCUGACUUCAAGUAAUAUUAUACACUUUUGACGACCAUAAUAUUGUAUAGAUUUGCCGAGAUCGUAAAAGUCAUGGUAGCAUUAUCCAUACUGUUCUCCUACGGUCUGCAAUUUUGCGUUCCAAGUGAAAUCGUUUGGAGCCAUCUGGAACCGUGGUUACGCCAGCGAAAACAGAAGGCCAAUAACGCCACAGAGCAGACUUCAAACGUAGCUACAACCAGUACUUUUGCCGGCAGCAGCACUAACGCGAACCCCAGGACUUCCGAGACCAUUAGUGAAGAGCGACUACUUGAAAAAUUACGAUCUGAAGAACCUAUGACUGGAGCAUAUUACACCAUGCGAAUUUUGAUGAUUUUGGGCACUGGUACAGUCAAAUUUGAUAUAUAUAUUUUUUUAAUUGAUAUAUUAAUAACUAUGCUUAUAUUUUUAUAUUUACUGAAGUCUUUAUAGCUACCCUUGUACCCGACUUAGCACCAUUUAUCUCUCUGAUCGGAGCAGUGUUUUACUCCAUUCUGGGCCUUUUGUGCCCCGCCGUCAUUCAUUUGGCUGUGUAUUGGCAUCAAAGUUCAGAAGCUGAUGACGACGAUUCGGAAGAAGAUGAUUUCAAUUGUGACGGGGACUACUAUAGUAUUGAGGAUGAUGAUGACCAUGGUGUUACCACAGAACGACCGCGGAGAAGGGUCAAUGGCGAGUCGACCAGUAAGAGUAAGGGCAUGAGUCGUUGGAUCGUAUUCAAAGACAUCAUCAUUAUUUUGAUGGCUUUAAUCGCUCUGGUGUCUGGUACUUAUAUCUCUAUCAGGAACAUUAUGGCGGUCGGUGCCCAUAACUCCACUAUCUCAUCAGUGAUUACUUUAAGUUUGUUGCCAGGUAUAAACUUUGUUAUGUCUUCCUCGAACUGAAGGAUAAUUAUUAACCUUUACUGUGUACCCUACUCUAAAUAUUUUGUAUUCCAUAUACAAUUUAUUUUCUAAUAUUACCUACUCUAUAUUUACUAUAUUGACAUUUUCUCAACUGAUAUAUUAUUUAUUAUAUGUGUACUUUUUAUACUUUACCUAUUAAUGUAGUUGACCAAUUUAUUAUUAAUUAUAGGUUAUAAUUAUGUUUUUCCUAUUUAUUACCUAUUAUACUAUUUUAUGUUUAGUUUGUGUUUAUUAUGUAUAUAUGAUGGUCUUAAAAUGGUUUGAAAUAAAUUUAAAAUAAAAUAAUUUUGAAACAAAAACUAAUUAUUGUCAUUUAAACGAUUUAAUAUAGUUUAAAAACAUCAAACCUUUUAAAAAUUAAGACGCUCAUACCAGUUAGUUUAAAAAAAUUAAAACUGUUUUAAGCAUUUAAACAUUAACUUUAUUCGUUUUUGUUUUUUGGUUGCAUGGCCACAUGUCAAUUAUUAUUAACUACUUGUUUUAAAAAGUCAGAUCUCAAUUUCUUUUUUUAUAUUCCAUCACAAACUUACUUUAUAAUUAAAUGGUACAGUAUCUAUAUUUGAUUUCACUUUAACAAAUUAAUAAAAUAAUAUAAUGAAUCAAUUCAAAAAAUGUUCAGGAAACCAUUUUCAUAUCUAUGGACAUUAUAUAUAAUGUUUAAUUGAAACCCUUUGAGUUAUGGUUGUUAUAUUUAAAAACAACAUUUUUAUUAUUUUUCUUUCAUUUCACCAUGGUGGUAUUUUUCUAAAAAUACCAUCAAAUUAUUGUAUUAGUGCUGUUGUAAAUGAUACUACCAUUUGUGUUACUGUUAUAGCAUCUUUUGUUAAAUAAUAAUUAAACAUGGAAACAUUCUACUUCUGCAAGUGCCAUACUUUUCCUUUAAUUUGUAAUAUUUUAUUACUAAUAACUAAUAAGUAUAUUGUAUUACUCAUUUUAUUAAAUUUAUAUGUAAGUAAAUACCUCAAAAACAUAAUUGAAUCAUUUAAAUUAUUAUAUUAUGUUACUUAUAAAAGUUUCUACUAGUUACUUGAUUGAUGGUUUCACUAAUAUAACAUGAUAUAUGAGAUGUAUGUUUGUCAUAAUUAAAUUGAACCAAGAAAAUUUAUUUGGAUUUUUCUUCUUGUUUUGUAAAUUACUGUAAUUUAUUUUUUGCAAAUUUUAACAUAGACUAUAGUAGUUUACAAUAUUAUAACCACUUUUUUACGUUUUUCAAAGAAAAAAAAAUAUAAACAAAAAUAUUUGUUGUACAUUUUUUUUAGAAAAUAAUUGUAAGGAAGUACCAAUAUAAUUGCAAUACAAAAUUCUGUAUUUUCAAAAAACAAAUUAAUGUAUGACUCAAAAGGUUAAUACUUAAUAUAGAUGUAUAAAUAAAUAAUAUUGAUAUCUAAAUUUGUAUGAAAAACAUUUAAGUGCACAUAUUUGUGAAUUUGUAUAGAUGUGAAAUUUAGUUAAAAAUGUUAUAAUACUUAAAAUAGAAUUAAAAAUCAAUGAAUAGUUGACAUUGUCUUGAAAAUAUAUAUUAGUAUUCAUAAAACUGUACGGUUGGGUUAUAAUAUAUUUCAUUAUUAUUUUUAUCUUUUCUUGCCUAUUUACUAUUAUUAUAAGAAUAUUCGUUAAAAACAAUUUGGUAUAUUUAGGUAUGUCAAACUGGUAUGUCUAGUUGGAAAUUCUCAAUUUUUUUUAUAAAAUAAAUGUUAAAUAACCAUUGAAUAAGGAUAUUUUUAUUGUGUUUAUACCUAUUUAUUAAUCAUUAUAAUAACCUAUACUACUGUAAUGUCUAUAAUAGGCAAUAGUUAACAUUUACCUACCUUAGACAAUUAUUUAAAAAUACAAAUUGUAGAAAAUCUAAUUAUUAUAUAUCAAUACAAUUAUAUGUAAUUAUAUUUAAUAGAUAAUAUAAUGUAAUAUUUCUAUAUUAAAAUUGACUUAAAGUUGUUUUGUUAAAACUAUUUGACACCUCUUAUGAAUUUGGAAAAACCAUAGAAAUUUUAAGUUUUGUUUAAAAUAUCAAAUGUAAAUUAAUAAUGGUUUUGUUUUUUUUUGUUUUUCAUAAGCAAAAUAAUGGUUUAUAAUAAUUUUCAAUUAUUAAUAAAAUAAUUUUUUAAUUUCUAAUAGAAAUUUGGGUUUUCUCUCCCCUGGAUUUUUGUUCUGUGAGUACCUUUGAGUAACUAAUCACUUUGAACUACUUUCAUACUCUAAAUUUGUAAUUGGUUAAUUUGUUUUCUUUAUGUCAAACAUUAGUUACAUAAAUUUAAUUUGAC